UUAUAAACACUCUAUACAAGGAAAUCAGUCAGAUAAGGUAACAUUCAAGGCACCCUUUAAAAUUAUGGACAGUCCCGAAGCACCCUUUAAAAUUAUGGACAGUCCCGAGGCACCCUUUAAAAUUAUGGACAUAGUCCCGAGGCACCCUUUAAAAUUAUAGAUGGUCCCGAGGCACCCUUUAAAAUUAUGGACAGUCCCGAGGCACCCUUUAAAAUUAUGGACAGUCCCGAGGCACCCUUUAAAAUGAUGGACAGUCCCGAAGCACCCUUUAAAAUUAUGGACAGUCAUGAGGCACCCUUUAAAAUUAUGGACAGUCCCGAGGCACCCUUUAAAAUUAUAGACGGUCCCGAGGCACCGUUUAAAAUUAUGGACAGUCCCGAGGCACCCUUUAAAAUUAUAGACGGUCCCAAGACACCCUUUAAAAUUAUGGACAGUCCAUUCUAAAAUGUGA